AUGUCGAGCACUGAAGACACAGAAGAAAAUUCAUAUGCUGCACGUCGGUUUCAAAGGGUGAAGCAGAGGUUUAAAGAUCGAUCUAAGAGAGUGCAACAAACAAAAGAAAAAACAAAGGAGAUAUUGUCUAAACAAGCGGUGAAGAUCGCUAAACAUGCCGAAGAACAUGAAAGCUUCAUCACCAAGGUAACUCAUUUUUUAGGUGUCUUCGCAUAUGGGGGAUUUUGUUUUAUAUUGGGUGCAAGGCCACAAGAUGUUCGAUAUAUAUACUGCUUGUUCUAUAUCACCUUCGUACCACUUCGAUGGAUUUAUUAUCGCUAUAAGAAAUGGCAUUAUUACCUUCUGGAUUUCUGCUACUAUGCCAAUACCAUCUUCUUGAUCAUGCUUUUGUUCUUUCCUAGAAAUCAAAAGCUUUUCAUGGUUACUUUCUCAUUUGCAGAGGGACCUCUAGCAUGGGCGUUGAUCGUUUGGCGUUGUAGCUUGGUUUUUAGUUCAGUCGAUAAACUUGUAAGCGUCCUUAUACAUCUUUUACCAGGUGUGGUGUUCUUUACAAUUUGCUGGUGGGAUCCAGCCUACUUUAAAGCGAUGCAUCCUGAGGAAACUGAACAAGAAGUUUCAUGGCGUCAAGUUGAAAGCAAAUCUUUCCUGUGUACAUGGCUAUUCACGGUUCCUUUGAUCGCUUACGUCCUUUGGCAGGUUCUUUAUUUUCUAAUAGUAAAUGUCCUUCGUCGACAACGGUUGUUAAAGGAUCCUGAAGUUAUGACCUCCUACAGGGGACUGUCGAAAAAGGCACAAAAAGCGAACAACAUAUGGUGGCGGUUAAGUGGCAUUCUUGGCGAUCAAAAUCGAAUGUUUAUGUACAUUUUGCUACAAGCCCUUUUCACUGUAGCGACAAUGGCGCUGACGGUCCCAAUAUUCUUGUCGUAUGAAUUACACCUCAUCUUCCAGAUACUCAAAGUUUCUGCAGCGGUUUGGAAUGGAGGAAAUUUCUUGUUGGAAGUUAUGCCGCGCCAAGUGGUUCUCAAGGAGAGGAAAAAACUAGAGGUGGCGCAACCGCCUGUUGAAGAUCGUAGUCAAGAAAACCAACCCGUCUCAGGUGAAUAA